AUGGGCACAUUCCUGGCUCCGGGCGCCUUAUCCCUGCGCUCGCGCCGCCCAUGCUGGCGCUUUGGGCACAGAGAGCCCCCGGGGGCUCCAGGGUAUCUUUUGCCCCCGCCCGCGUCCUCGCCCCGGCGCCCGCGGCCGCCUCGACUUACCGGCAGAGUCCGGGGAGGGAGUGGGAGCGCCGCCUUCACGCCCGCGGAGGAGGCGCCGGCAGCACCAUGGUCCCCGGCGCCGCUGCCGCUGCCCCUUGCCCGCUUGCUCUCCGUGCGCUCUCUUCCUCUUGCAAACUUUCGGGUUCUGCGGUCGACAAGAAACCGGGGCGACCCUCAGCAAGUCCUCCUGGCUCAGGGGCGGGAGCUGCGCGGGAAAGGGGGGGGUGCUGCAGGCUGCGAUUUCGAAGCAAACACUGGGGAGGGGGCAUACGACUUUGUUUCUGGGCGCGGAGCUCCCCGGCGCCCGCGUGUGUCACCGUCAGUCUCCGGGGACCGAGGCGGAGCUCACAACAGGUGGGGAGGGGGACUCGCCGAGGGCCAAAAAGGAGAAGGAAUCAAAGUUUCCGAGCGGCGGUAUCUGGGGAGGAGGGGGGGCGGGAGGCGGGGGCGAGGGGAGGCGGAGGCAGCGAAUGACCGCGACCCCGAGGCAACUGGCAAACUCUCCGCUCCCCGGCGCCACCGCCGCCGUCCCCACCCAAAGCGCACACAGUCCCGGCUACCGACUCGGCCGAGUCCUCUCAGCGGGACGGCGAUGGAGCGCAGGGAGCUCGGGAGGAAGGCGGAGUGCGGGCGAGGGAUGGAGAGCCAUCGGCUGCCGGGACCGGGCCAGAGGGACCCGGCGACUCCCGCGCGUCUCAGGACAGAUCCAGGCUUGGGAAACCCCCCGGUACCCCAAGCUUCAAAGGAGAGUAAACCCCGAAAGUGUUUGUGGUGGAAGGGAGAAGACCCGAUGCGGCGACUCCCCGCAGCGCACCCCGUUCCCAUCCCACCCGCGGAGCUGGCCACGGCUGUCGCGGGCCUGUCCGCGGCGAGGCUGGGUUCUCGGGGUCGAGGGCGUGUGAGGCGAUCGCCCAGAGCGCAAAGCCAGGCGCGAAGGGGCCGAGGGGAAGAAGAUCUCGCCUCCCCGCCGCUGCCGCCGCCCCCCACCCUCAUUUGACUUAUGGAAAUGGACCCAAGCUUGCGGGCGCCGCCGCCGGAGGCCCCCGCCCCCAACCCCCGCGCCGGCCGUGGCGGAAACAAGGCAGGAGGCAGCUUGGGAAAAAGUGGAGCAGAAAUGGAAAAAUACAAACUCACCCGCUGCAAAUGGUCUCUCGGUGCAAACUAAGGUGUUUUCGGGCCUUUCCCCGCGCGCGCCCACUCCCGCCCGCGCGCGCACCCCCGCGCACACACUCACUCGCGCACACACGCGCGCACACACGCACUCCCGGACGAGGGCCGGGCCGCCGCGAGUACAGCAUGCAACCGCCACACAAUAAAUAACAAUAGAUUCCUCCGCUCCGGACUAGCUUCCCGGAGCCCAGCCAGCGCCAGUGGCGGCGGCGGCAGAGGCGCGGGGAGCGCCGGCCCGGGGGCGCUCCCCAGCCCGCCUCCCGGCGUCCUGCCAGGGCCCCCUUUCCGCCUCACGCGCCCCCAAGGCCCCCCGGCACCCCCAGAGCGCGAGCCGCCGCUGCCCCCUCUCCGGGCCACACGGGCGCUGGCGCCCACCCUGCUCCUCCCCACCCCCCCCUGCCUCCCGGAACAAAUAAAUAAAUAAGGCGCGCGAGAGAGGCCAACACGUC